GACCAUCGAUAAAUAUUCCCACGACAAUGUCGCCAUACCACUCUAGCCAUGUUCACGUGAUAACAUUUCACAUUACAGUGGUAUUUAGUGCUCUCAACUUUCAUAGGUUAAGAACAUUGUGAUAGAAUCCAGGAUACUGUGAACUUUAGAACAAUAUUUUAGAGAAAAUGUCAACUUUAUAUGAUCAAAUAAAACUUCUUUAUGAACAAUCCUUAUAUUCAAAUGUUAUUUCACUUGCAAAUUUAGUGCUGUCACUUAGUGAACACAAUUCAGAUUUAUUGCCGAUACAUGGCAAAUUUCAUAUUUAUGUAUAUUAUGCACAUGCUCACUUUUACUUGGGAAAAUAUAAAAGAGCUGAAGCAUUAUAUAAAAAGUCUUUACAAUUUCGUAAGUGUUUAUUAAAAUCCAAAGGUUCUACAAAACCUUUAGAAAGUCAAAAGGAUCUUCCUUCAGAUGUUGACAUAAAAUUUCAAAUUCAUUUAUGUUUAAUGAAACUAAAAAAUUCUCAAGAAGCAUUUCAAGUGCUACAAAAUAUUCCUGGUAAACAAAGAACUCCAAAGGUAAAUAUGGCUCUUGCAAAGAUGUUUCAAGAACAAGGAAUGGAGCGAUCUGCAAUUACUACAUAUAAAGAAGUUCUAAGGGAAUGUCCAUUAGCUUUGGAAGCUGCAGAAGGUUUGCUUUCCCUUGGAAUAAAAGGAAUCGAAGUAAAUUCAUUAAUUGCUGGUUGCGCAUCCAAUUUGUCAAAUUUAGACUGGUUGAAUACUUGGAUUAAAGCUCAUGCCCAUGUACAUAAUAGAGAAUAUACUCAUGCAGUAUCAAUAUUAAGGUCUUUAGACAAUGUUAAUUUGUUAAGAGAUAAUUUCAAUCUAUUAACUACAAUGGGAGAAUGUUACUAUUAUGCGGGAGACGACAAAAAUGCUUUAUUGUGUUUAGGGAGGGCUAGAAAUAUAGAACCAGAUGUUUUGAAAGGGGUUGAUGUUUAUGCAGCAGUUUUAUACAAAACACAUCACAUUAAGGAACUUGAAAGACUAAUUCCAAGUAUAACAGCAAGCAACGAAUGUACUGGAGAAAUAUAUGUUGCUAUGGCAUACUCUCUUUAUGCAGCUAGAAAGCUGGGCAGAGCAAAUACUUUAACUGCACAAGCCUUAAAUGUGAAUCCAAAUGACAUAGAGGCAACAAUUCUUCGUGGAAAUAUUCUUAUAGAGCAAAAGAAGUACCAAGAUGCAUUGUUCUUCUUUAGACAUGCGGUACAACUAAAACCAUAUCGUUAUGAACCACAUAAAGGUUUAGUAGACUGUCUUAUAGGAAUGCACAGAUUACGUGAAGCUCUCAAUAUUGCUAGUGGAUCUUGUAAGCAACUUGGACAUACAGCAAGAGUUCUGACGCUUUAUGCGUUUGUUCUUAUGAAAGAUCCAGUUUCUGUUGGGAAAGCAAAAAAUCUUUUAGAAAAGGCACUACUUCAGGAUGAAGUUUAUUUACCUGCAGUUUAUUUAUUAGCUGAAAUAUAUGAACAAGAAAUGAAUUUGGAAGCUGCAAUCGCAUUACUUGAAAGACAAGUAGAAAUUCAAUCAACAUGUAAUUUACAUCAGAUGCUUGGAGAUCUUUGGGCAAGAGUUCAUAAUGAAGAAAAAGCUUUGGAUCACUAUGCUAUUGCUUUAAAUCUAGAUCCCAAUAACAGAAGGGCAUUGGAAGGUAUGCACAGAUUAGACAACUCUUCCAAUAAGCUAGACUCGGCUUAUUAUAUGACUGUAAGUGAAGAUCAAACAGAUCCGACUUACGAUGUUGGUGAUGGUUUACCAGAUACUGAUAAUGAGGAAGCACCUGAUGAAAGCGAAACUGAAGCAGUUUGGUCUGACAUGGAUCUAGAGGCAAAUAGUCAAUAACACAAAACCUGUGUCAUUACACUAAAUCGAUUCAUGAUAACUAAAUUAGAGCUAUAGCUACCUAUUAUUAUGUAUAAUUAAUUGUUUGCUUAUUCAUUUAAUUAUUUAUAAAUUAUUAAAAUUAUCAUUAACUUACAGAAAUUCUGUAAGCAGGGUAAUUUCUAAAAUUUCUUAAAAUUCUGUAACUUAUGUGAAUAGAAUAUUUUGUAUUAAAAA